CAUGCCUGUGUAAAAAGAUAAAAAUAAAAUAAUUGACACGAAUGAAACGGAUCCCCUCUCUCUCAGUUCUCUAUUGAAGCACACUCAACAUCGUACUUGACGUUCUCCAACGAGGCAACGAAUACUUGUAUCCUCCAUUGAAGCAGCUUUUGAGAUGAGCGCUAUAGGUAAAAUUGUUGCUACAAGACUUAAAAGUUCAGGACUAAUAAGAAGUCAAGCUCUGAUUGCUGGAAAAUGGACUGAAGCUUAUAAUGCGUCUACCCGUGAUGUCAUUUCUAGAUGCAGGAUGAGCACUAAAGCUGAAAGUGUUGCUAUGAAGCUUAAAAGUUCAGGACUAUUCAGAAGUCAAGCUGUGAUUGCUGGAAAAUUGACUGAAGCUUAUGGUGGGCAUACCCGUGCUGUCGUUUCUAGAUGCAGGAUGAGCACUAAAGCUGAAAAUGUUGCUACGAGGCUUAAUAGUUCAGGACUGUUAAGAAGUCAAGGUCUGAUUGCUGGAAAAUGGACUGAAGCUUAUGAUGGGAAGGUUAUCGAGGUGACCAAUCCUGCCACUGGUGAUGUUGUAGCAAAUGUUCCAUGCAUGGGUGGAAGGGAGACAAAUGAUGCAAUAUCUGCAGCUUAUGAAACAUUCAGUUCAUGGAGCAAAACCACAGCAGCUGAAAGGAGCAAAUGCCUACGGAAAUGGUAUGAUUUGCUGAUUGCUCAUAAGGAGGAGCUUGGACAACUGAUUACAUUAGAGCAAGGAAAACCCUUAAAAGAAGCAAUUGGUGAGGUUGCUUAUGGGGCUUCCUUUAUUGAAUACUUUUCUGAGGAGGCAAAACGUGUAUAUGGUGAAAUCAUUCCUACUCCACUAUCUGAUCGACGGUUGUUUGUUCUAAAACAGCCUGUUGGUGUUGUUGGAGUCAUAACUCCUUGGAAUUUCCCACUGGCAAUGAUUACCAGAAAGGUAGGUCCUGCUCUUGCUAGUGGUUGCACAGUAGUGAUUAAACCAUCAGAGCUUACUCCAUUGACAGCUUUGGCAGCAGCAGAGCUCUCCAUUCAGGCUGGGAUACCUCCGGGUGUAGUGAAUGUUGUCAUGGGAAAUGCUAAAGAAAUUGGGGAUGCUUUACUGGCCAGCACGCAGGUGAGAAAAAUCACUUUCACAGGUUCAACUGCUGUGGGAAAGAAAUUAAUGGCUGGUUCAGCUAAUACUGUAAAAAGGCUAUCCCUGGAACUUGGUGGCAAUGCACCCUGCAUAGUGUUUGAUGAUGCAGACUUGGAUGUGGCAGUGAAAGGAGCUCUAGGGACUAAGUUCCGUAAUAGUGGACAAACAUGUGUAUGUGCUAAUAGAAUCCUUGUUCAAGAAGGUAUUUAUGAUAAAUUUGCUAGCGCUUUUUCAAAUGCUGUCCAGAAACUUCAAGUAGGGGAUGGAUUUGUUGAUGGUGUUGCUCAGGGACCACUCAUUAAUGAAGCUGCCGUUCAGAAGGUUGAAAAAUUUGUUCAAGAUGCCAUCUCAAAGGGAGCCAAAGUUCUUCUUGGUGGUAGAAGACAUCAUCUUGGAAUGACCUUUUAUGAACCCACAGUAAUGGCAGACAUCAACAAUGAGAUGCUUAUAUCUAGGGAGGAAAUCUUUGGGCCUGUUGCUCCUCUUCUUCCCUUUAAAACAGAGGAAGAUGCUAUUCGCUUGGCAAAUGACACCAAUGCAGGAUUAGCUGCAUAUUUAUUCACAACAAAUAUUCAACGUUCUUGGCGUGUUAGUGAAGCCCUUGAAUAUGGAAUUGUUGGUGUUAACGAGGGAUUAGUUUCCACGGAGGUGGCUCCAUUUGGAGGAUUUAAGCAGUCUGGUAUUGGACGAGAGGGUUCUAAGUAUGGCAUGGAUGAAUAUGUUGAAGUUAAAUACGUAUGUUUGGGUAACAUGCAUGGUUAAAUUAAUUGGGACAAAUGCACCUAUCAUUAAUGGUUCACGCACAUUGGUUAUUUAUAUAUCUGGGGAAUCAUGCAAUCUGGUCUGUGACGUACAAAAUGAGCAUCAGUAGAAUGACGUAGAUAGUACAAAAUGAGCAUCGUGGGUCUAGUGUGGACUUCAAGUUCUCCAACUUGGCUCGAAUAAAGUUUGCUCGCACCUGUCUCUUGGUGUUUAUGCGUAGUGUAGUUUGUUGGUUUUAUUUUUUGUGUUUCUUUAAUAAUACUCUGUCAUUUUUAGUUUCCUUUGAGUGACUUAUAUAUUUUGGGAAUGAUUCUAGGGUGACGGUGAUCAGAGAAACUUUGAUUACCAUAAGCCAAAAGCGGGUCUGAUCCUCAUGGCCACAAACACACACACACACACAAAAAAAAAAAAAAAAAAAAAAAAAAAAAAAAAAGUCCUUUAUUUCCUUUUUAGCAAAAAAAAAUCAUAUUCCUAAUUUUACAAAAUGUUAAAAAUCUAAGUAAAAUCAUAUAUUAUUAUUUAUGAUAA